AUGGACAGGGAGAGGGUGAAGGCUGAAUCAGAGUUGCUAUACAAGGUCAUGAGGCUCGCGGACCCGGGACCGGACGGACUACCGGCCAGAACCCAGACAGUCGAGGGUCUUGACAAAGCUUUCGAUAGCCUGGUGCAGCAGGCCGCCCGGGAGGCCAGGAGGGCCGAGAGGCUGGCGAAGGAGACCCGGGCAGAGUACUGCUGGGAGGAGCUUAGCGAAAGACUCAAGGACCUUGCUAGAACAACGCGCGAAGCACGGACUAGGGCUUGGAGGAACAGCCUACAGGAAGCAAGCGAGGCAAAGAAGCCCGAUCAGAUGUGGAGCUUGAAAAGAUGGGCUAGGCUGCGGAGCUUUUUGCCGCCAGAACCACCGAGGCUGCCGGAAUUUAAGGAUUCUUCCGGACAGGCAGUGACGCCGACCGAUAUCACGGAAGCGAUGGGAAGAGCCAGCCCCUGGAAGGCGCCAGGCGAGGAUUUGCUCCCGAUGGGCCUUCUGAAGGCGUGCGGAGCACCGUUAGCUGAAGUGCUGGCCCUUCUGGCGACAAGGUGCCUGGAGCUAGGAUGGUUCCCGAACCGUUUCAAGAGGGCGAAGGCUGUAGUACUACCGAAACCAGGAAAGGCUCCGCCGGCAUAUCAGACCCCGGGGGGAUACAGGCCCAUUGCUCUGCUACCAACCCUGGGGAAGGUAAUAGAAUCAGUGGUCGCAAGGAAGGUCACUCAAGCUGCAGAAGUCAACGGCCUCCUACCAGAUGAACAAAUGGGGAACAGGGCACACCGCUCCACAGAGCUGGCUGUCCGGCUAGUAGUAGCCCAGGUCCAGGAGGCGUGGAGACAGAAGGGUGCGGCAUCCCUAUUGCAACUGGACAUCUCAGGAGCCUUUGACACGGUCAACCAUACCCGACUGCUAGCAACUUUGCGAGACAUGGGCUUCCCGAGGUGGCUGGUCCUCUGGACGAGAAAUUGGUUGACCGGUCGAGAGGCCACCCUUCUUUUCGACGGCAAGACGGCGGCGCCGACGGCAAUUCGGGCAGGGGUCCCCCAAGGCUCACCCCUUUCCCCAGUUCUCUUCAUCCUCUACAUUUCCUCACUAUACAAGCAGCUAAAAGACGAGCACCCUCACUUAGCUAUAACAGGGUUUGGCGGGAUGACCACCAACCUUUCUAGUUAUUUGGUCAGAAACCCCGAAGCCAAUUGGGGGGCACUAGCCCCCGUUAAACCAGAAGGGUCUGCCAGAUUCCUGGGAGUCUGGUUGGACUGGAAACUCAACUGGAAGGCUCACCUGGUGGCGGUGGAGAAGAAGCUGAGGACCCAGAGCUAUGCCCUGUCGAGGAUCGUGGCAAAGACGUGGGGAAUGGGGCUAGCCAAAGCGCGAGAAGUGUACACAAAGUGCAUCCGGUCGGCCCUGGCCUAUGGCGCAUCAUCGUUUCACAUCCCCACGGAUGUGGGAGGCGAGCCGGUAAAGAAAGACAUCACUAAGGCCCUCGGGAAGGCCCAGAACAAGAGCUUGCGGAUUGUGGUGGGAGCCUUUAAGUCUACCCUCAUCCGUAACCUCGAGACAGAGACAUGGGUACCACCAUUGGACUUGUACCUAAACAAACGGCUUGCAGAUUUCGAAAACCGACUCCAACGAACCGAUCUGGACGACGGUCAAGGCGGCAAGAAGACGGUGGCGAGCGUUGUCCUCACCGCCUGCCGCAAGAUACAGCAGAGACUUAGCUCGAGGAGGGGCAACAGGGGCCAACCGCAAACCUUGGGACCUCAAGGGCCUACAGCGGUGGAGAGAGCCGCGGGCACGGUCAUGCGCUGGACGGGGGGAACCGUUGAUACGAACAGGGUAGUAUAA